AUGGCAGAGCACCACCCUCACACGCACAAGCACGACGCCCAGCAUGGACACGGCCAUGACUACGCGGCCGCGAACAAGCAGUACUUCGACGAGAACAUCGACAUGUUCGAGCGCCCGGACAUUGUCGACGCCACCCAGCGCAUCGCUGCCGCGAUGCGCGAGCGGUAUGCGAGCGCCUUCAACGCAGAGAGUACGACCGUGCUCGACUAUGCGUGCGGCGCCGGUACUGCGGUAUCGUCAGCCACAUGGUCUUCAUCCUGCGUGAAGUCGAUCUUCGGUGUCGAUAUCAGCCAAGGAGUCGUGGACCAGUACAACCUUCUGGCGUCGAAGCAUGAGCUCUCCGACAAGUUGAAGGCAAGCUGCGUCGAGCUCAAGGCCGAUGGCCGAAUCGGCAACUCGACCAAGCAGUUUGACAUAGUCCUAUGCACGAUGGCGUACCACCACUUCGGCAACCCAGAGGACGUCACGAAGAUCCUCGCGUCCUUCGUGAAGCCCGGCGCAUCGCUCCUCGUCGUUGACAUCCUGGCGAUUAGCAACAAGGCCGACGUCGUCCUGGGGGACAAACACAGAGACACAGUCCCCCAUCAGGGAGGCUUUGGCGAAGACCGUAUGAAAGACAUGGUCACAGCGGCUGGCCUUGUGGACUUCGAGAUGGGAGGACUGAUCUCCGGCCUGGUGAUAGACGGGCAUGCCGUCACUCCGUUCCUCGCUCGUGGCGUCAAACCGUUGUGAAUAACAUGCACUGAUCUGUGCUUCCAGAGAUAGGCAUACCUGUACCAUAUAGACAAUUGUCGAAGGCGACUGUAUCGUCCUUGCUUCGGUGAUUAGUUGUUAUCGAAGAGGGCAAACUAUGCGGUUGGUUCAAUAUUCGUCUCGUAGUCGCUGUUGAAAGAGACAGCUCCUUGCUGUAAUAUCAAUAUGAACAUUCGGGUUUGGGUUCGGAGGACUGUUACUAUGCAUGUACGGAGGCAAGGAUGCUUGAAGCAAC